UGAUCCUCAGACAUGAACCCAGAUCCAGAUCUCACCAUCGUCCUGCUUGGAAAAGCAGGAGUUGGUAAAAGUGCUUCAGGAAACACCAUCCUGGGACGAACAGCGGUUGAGUCAAAGCUGUCAUUUAAAUCUGUUACAAAACAAAUCGGUGAAGAAAGAGGAGAAGUGUUUGGGAAACAGAUCUCAGUGGUUGACACUCCAGGAAUAUUAAACACUCAGUUCACAGAGGAGGAGCUUAAACAGUUCUGCCAUCAGCUCCUGCAGUCCUCCACACGUUGUCUGUUCCUGGUGGUGAUCAGAGUUGGACGCUUCACAGAGGAGGACCAGAAGGCUGUGAAGGCAGCUAUGGGAGUCCUCGGGCCUCGGGGGAUGAAAGCUACUUACCUGCUGUUCACUGGAGGUGAUGCUUUACGGGGCAUGACUCUGGAGGAAUUCAUCUUUGGAGAUGAUAAAGGUCCACUUCCAGAUGUUGUUCGAAUGUUUGCGGGGGCGUAUCACCUCUUCAACAAUGAGGUUGAUGAUAAAGACCAAGUCAGAAAGCUGCUGCUGAAGUCAGGCCGCCUCAGGACCCAGAUCCAACCUGAUCCCCCAGCUGAUGCUUCCAGAAACAGGAGGAUCGUGCUGCUCGGUCGACCUGGAGGAGGGAAGAGUUCUUCAGGAAACACCAUCCUGGGAUCUCAGAAGUUCACAUCAGGCUGCGGCUUUGAUCCAGUCAGUACAGAGACCGUCUCUGGGUCAGCCACAGUGGAGGGUCGUCAGGUCACAGUGGUGGACACUCCUGGAUUCACUGAUGAAGUUCUGUCCCCUGAACAGCUGUACCUGGAGCUCAUGAAGUCUAUAGUAGAGGCCAGUCCAGGACCACAUGCCUUCAUCAUCGUGGUCAGACUGGGCAGAAUCACAGCAGCAGACGUUAAACUGUUUGAGCUACUUCCUAAACUGUUUGACAGAGAUGCUCUUCAGUACUCCAUGGUGCUUUUCACUCAUGGAGACCAGCUAGGCGGUCGGUCCAUUGAUCAGGAGAUCCAGUCCAACAUAGAUGUAAAAAAUCUGGUCUCCAUGUGUGGUGGUAGAUUCUGUGUGUUUAACAACAAAGGCAGCAGAAGCAGAGAGCAGGUUAGAAAGUUCCUGAACACAGUAGAUGAGAUGGUCACAGCUAAUGGUGGACAGCACUACACCAAUGACAUGUUCAGGAUGGCUGAGACCUUCUUUAAGGAACAGAGGAACCUGACCAGUUCCUCCUUCAGAUCGUCCUCCAUGGAGCCCAGCAGGCCUCUGGAACAGGAUGGACUGCCAGAACCUUUAGGGGUCAGUGUGAUUCUUCAGAAACCUCCACUUUCUGAAACAGACACACCCACCAUUCUGAAAUCACAUCCACCUCGCUCUGUAAUUGACCCUUUGGAAAAAGCGAUCUGA